CCAAGAAGCCUUCCCGCCGCAAGUCACGCGUCGUUGGCGUCGCGACAGCAACCGAAUAUCGACGCGUAUCCGAUAGUUCGACGGACGAAUCUGCGCAAACUGUAGUACGCGAUCAUCGGUACGGCAUCGCACGCAGUUUAUAAUCGCGUUGUCGAGUGAUAUAACCCAAUAUUCGACGUCCGAAACACCGUCGUUCUUUUCGUAAACGCGCUACGAUAUCUCGCGUGAUCCGCACGAGCUGGCUUUCGAAUCGGAUUGUUCGGGAGCGACUUCGCGUCGCUGAUCGUCGCGAGUGCACAUAUAUUCAUACAUAUAGACAUAUACACGGUGUCGCGGUGCAAUGCGCGGCGAUCAAGCGUUCACUUUGCAGUGCGGCCAUGAAUGCCGGUGAUUUUAUCGAGUUCUGAGCUUGGGGUAAAGGGGAUCGUCCUCGACGUCGUCUGUCACUGACUCCAGCUGAUCAUUAUGCUCGCGUCGAUCCUCGUGCGCCUGUUGCUGUUCCGCUGCACUACAAGCGAUCCCGGGGCAAGAGGAUGCAACGAAGUCAGUUGAGGGACAUUUCAUCCUGGAUGACACGCCUGUUUGCGGAACCUGGAGACGGAAAUAAUCGGAUGAUCGAAGGGUUCACAAUGUUCGGCUUGAAAAAUACUUCACCCACUAGCACGUUUUACACUGAUCUGGAGAUUACGGAGGAUAAGGAGGAAUUUCAACAAGAGGAGGAACAUUCCAAGGCGCCACAUUUGCCGGAGCAACAGAGCACAACUAGCGAAAAUGGAAACUCGCAAGAUUCGGACACGACAACAAGUGUCGAGGAGCAACAAUAUGUCAGACAUUCCUUCCAUAGGAUCGCCAGUUUCGGCGGCUUUCCGCGAUUUCAGUCGUUCGUCAUGUCAGCUUCCACGCCCGCUGAAUGCAUCGAUAUCACGAGGCAUGAGGAAACUUCAACCGAAACGUCCUAUAUUAAAAUGUCACAUAGCGUUUUAGAAUAUAGAAGUAGCAGAUAUGUAGCUUCGGAGAGGAGAUCUCACCAAUAUACAUUAGAUACAUACGCAGUAAGCGAAUCUGAAAGUGAAGAAGAGUCGGAAGAAAUAAGAUCUUCCGAGACAGAUUCUGCUAUAGUGGCAGAUCAUACCGAUGAAUCGAUAUCCGAGCCUAAACAACUCACUAAAAAAGGUUCCCCUGUUUCGAAGCGGAAAAAAGCGUUGCAUGUGGCGCACGAGUUACUAGCGACUGAGAAAAAUUACGUAAAUGUUCUGCAUUUAAUCGACCAAGUGUUUCAAUUCAGAGUCGAUCAGGAGAACAGAGCACAUCCAAUGUUCCCUCCAGAAACUGUCCAACACAUGUUCUCAAAUAUUAAAUCCAUUUAUAAAUUUCAUAACGACUUUUUAUUACCACAACUCGAGGAGAGAAUGCAAUAUUGGGAUUCGAAUCCGAAAAUCGGUGAUAUAAUGAAAAACUUUGCACCAUUUCUCAAGAUGUAUACGGAAUACGUAAAGAAUUUUGAUUACGCUAUGAAUCUGAUAAAUACACUGCAAAGCAAAGUGCCCAGAUUUGCAGCAAUUAUUAAUGAGAUUCAAAAGCUCGAUGAAUGCGCUAAAUUAUCACUAGCCCAUCACAUGUUAAGUCCAAUACAGAGGUUACCGCGAUACGAGCUGCUUCUUAAGGAUUAUUUACGAAAUCUCACUGAAGACAAUCCGGAUUAUGAAGAUACACAAAAAGCUCUAGAAUUGGUAUCCACCGCAGCGAAUCAUACGAAUGAGGCAAUGAAAAAAAUCGAUAAAUUUAAAAAACUUUUAGAAAUCCAAGAGAGUAUAUACGAUGCAACUGAUCUAGUCAGUGCGACUCGUGAACUAGUAAAGGAAGGACGUAUAGUGAAAAUUUCAGCGCGUAGUGGCGAUCAUCAAGAGAGACAUCUAUUUUUGUUUAGUGAUUUAUUAUUACUCUGUUCAAUAAGACUGAUACCCGGUCCUAUGUACCGACUAAGAGCAAAGUUUAUGGUGGAAAAUUUACAAGUAGUUGAAGGAGACAAUCUAGAAACAGCAAAUACUUUUUACAUAAGGGACGAAAAUAAAAGCGUUGAAUUGUAUACACAUGCCGCCGCGGAAAAAGCAGCGUGGUUGGAUGCAUUAUUCCAAACAAUGCAAGAGAUUAUGAGACGCAAAGCCAGUCUGAAAACUGGUAGCGUUAAAACUUCUUUAGUUAAAGCUGAUGAUGUAACCAAAUGUAUGGUUUGCAAAGUUAUUUUUUCUGUGAUGAAACGAAAGCACAACUGUCGGGCUUGUGGAAUAGUGGUUUGUAGUAAAUGCUCAAAUCAGAAAUUAUUAUUUGAAGACAAUAAGAAUAUGAGAGUGUGCAGAUUAUGCCAUGCGGCGCUUACUCAACCACUCACUAAAUCACCGUCUUCACCUUCUGGACCGGUGCCAAGUUUGCUGCAGGUAUCAGCGAGUGCGCCAUCAGUAUUAUCCGGAUAUCUGUUACUGAAAACGCAGGCUAGUAAGCCGUGGACAAAACGAUGGUUUGCAUUACACGUCGACUUUGUUCUGUAUUCGUUCAAAUCAGAGUCGGAGAGCAUGGCCAUGACAGCGACGCCAAUGCCAGGCUUUAUGGUCACCGAAGGUACAAAACUCUCCGACGAGGAUCCCUUGAAUAUGAAAGAUCGGAUGAAAGCGUUUAAAAUGCACCAUUCUAGGAAAUAUUACUAUCUCCAAGCGUCCUCUCAGAAAGACAAAGAAAAAUGGAUGUACACGUUAGAGUUGGCUACAAAGGCUGAACUACCUCAUUCUACGCAGGUGGGAAACGAAAGCGCACAAGAAAGUCAAUCGAUGAACAAUGUACAAUGAAUAUUUGUACCUUUUUAUCUACCAAACUAGCCAAUUUUUUACUAUCGUAUUCGAAAAAUGAGAAAAUGAUACGGCAAUGUAAGAUAAUCGUUAGUUAAUUAGCUAAAUUUAAAAUGACGUUAACUUGUGUUAUAUAUAUAUUGUUAUCAACGUAUACAUUACAAAAAAGAAAUCGAGUCAAUAGCGGCCGCUGCCGAAACGCUUGUUGUUUUGUAUAUAUAUAAUGUUCUGUUAUAAUAUAUUUAUAAAUAUAUAUGUCGUUCGAUCACGAUACGCUGUGCCGACCGUAAUUUACAAUGGAAGUCUAUAUGUCGCAAUGUUUGAAGAGUUAAUUACAUGCUUCAGUGAUAGUAUACUAUUUAUACUACAAAAAAAAUUGAUUUUAUUAAAAGCGCAAGUUCCAUAAUUUUAUCAAUAAACUUAUUUCGUAUUUAAAA